CUCCUCUCUCCUCUCUUCUCUCUCUCACUUUAACCUCACCUCUCCUCACCUCUCCCAUCCCAUCUCAACCCUUCAUUUCUUCACCCACCUAUCCCAUCCCUCCCAUCCACCACUUACCAUCUUACCACCUCGACUCAACCCUCAAUAUGUCUUCACCCCCAAAGUCCCCAAACUCCCCAGAGUACCCAGACUCCAUAACAGAAACCAUCGUCUUGAAAGUUAAAGCUGGUGUGCGACUUUAUGGAUUCCCUCCAGAUGGGGAAUGGAAGGGAUGGAGGAGGCCAAGGAGGGGAAGGAGACCAAGGAGACCAAGGAGGGGAAGGAGAGAAAGGAGGGAACGCGGGGAAAUUUGGGGAGUUGAGGGAGUUAAGGAGGGUGAGUAGGGAGAGGAGUGGAUUUGUCAGGGGGUUUUGGGUAGGGUUUUUUAUUGGGGUUUGGGUUUGAGAUUUGAGGUUUGGGGUAGGGAGAGGGAGAGGGAGGUGGUGAGGGGGAAAGGGGAAAGGAGGUAUGGAGAUGUGAAGAGCUCACUCUCAUCCUCAUCCCCAUACCCAACACAGAAUCCCAGACUCGGCUAUCUAUCCUCUCCCUCUCCCUCUCCCUCACAUCCCAUCUCCCACGCCAUAAUCCUCAUACCCCAAAGUUCCUCCUCUCCUCCCCCCCCCCCCUUCAAUCUCCAAAACAAUGAACAAGAACACAAACUAAUGAGAAACAAUAGGGCCAUAAAAUCGAAGACCCCACUAUCUUCGUAUGGCUCAUCGAUUGGGCGAGCAUAGAGUACCAUAAAAGGUUCAUGGAGUCCGAACAGUACCCGGGGUUUCUGGAGAAGAUGGAAGAAGUAUUUGAUAUCAGUGCUAAGGAUGAGAUAUUCAGAAGUACGUCCGUUCAUUUCCUCAUCAUUCUUUCUCUCUAUUGGAAUCCCAUUUAAACCACACCCUCCCCUUCCACUCCCCUUCAUUCAUUCAAAUCCACACCCUCCCCUCACCUUAUAUAAAUCGGAACUCAAAUUCUACGAAUAAACUCCUCUAACAGCAAGCAAAAGUCCACACCAAAUACGAAACCGACUACGCACCCGCGGCCCUAGCACCCGUAACGGAAAUCGCAUUCUGCUCUCUCCCUGAUACGGCGGGGGAGAAGGAGAGGAAGAGGUUCGAUGAUGCAACGGCGCAGAUUGGAAGGGAUGUGAGGAGUGUGGGGGGUGCGGUGGGGAGUGGGGCUAGUUGGGGUUUGUGUUUCUUUUCUUUCGUUGCAUUUUUUUUUCUUUUGGGGGGUGGGGGGUUGGGUGUUUGUUUGAUUAUCUAUCCUUUUAUUGAUUUGAAGAUCGAUUUCCUCUCCUAUUCCCUCUCCCCACCACCUCUAUCAUCCCUUUCCACCCAACUUCCAUACCAACUAACAACUCCAUUCCCCCUAGUCCUCCCAACAUCCCCCAAACUCAAAAAUAAGAUCCAUCAAAGAAGAGAAGGCGAAGAGGAGUCACUAGCGCUAGUAGCCGUCUUCGGAUACGAUAGCAUAGAAACACACAUGCGAUGGCGGGAAGCACCGGAACAUAGACUGGCUACCGAGAUCAUGUCGGGUUUGAGUCAGGAGAUUGGGCUUAGGGAUUUUGAGGUUGCGGGUGGGGGGAUGUGGCAUGUUGGGUUUAGGAGGUGGGUGGUGUAG